AGCGCAUGGAGCAGAGCGGGCACCGUGAGGCUGGAGGGGCUCCGGGAGGGCAAUGAUGAACCAGAUAUCGUAGCAACAUCCACAAUCUCCAAGUCUUUGUUUCUACUAAGUCAUUAUGGUGCGUCUGACAGUUGAUCUCAUCGCACGGACCAACAAUCACCUCCGCAACAGGAAAGAUGAGACCGUCACUCAGUAUCUGAAAAGAGUCACUCAUCUGAAUUUUUCUAAUAAACAUAUUGAUUGUCUUGAUGACCUGUCUGCGUGCAGAAAUCUCACAGUCUUAUACCUUUAUGACAAUAACAUUAGGGAAAUAAGGUGUCUUGGAUUCCUAACAUCUCUAACUCACCUGUACCUCCAGAACAACUACAUAUCCUGCAUAGAAAGCCUGAGCGGGCUGAAACGACUGGAAAAGCUGUAUUUAGGAGGGAAUUAUCUCACUGUCAUUGAAGGUCUGGAAGGUCUUGAGGAACUUAGAGAACUGCAUAUUGAGAGCCAGAAGAUUCCUCCUGGAGAGAAGUUGCUGUUUGAUCCUAGGACACUUCAUUCCUUAGCUAAGGCUCUCUCUGUACUGAAUAUAAGUAAUAACAAUAUUGAUGAACUGAAGGAACUUGCAGUUUUGGAGAACAUAACCCAACUUGUGGCUGUAGACAAUCAUCUGAACGAUAUUAAGGAUCUGGAAUUUAUUCUGAGCAAAUGGCCACGGCUGUGGAGGAUGGAUCUCAGUGGAAAUCCAAUUUGUCAGAAACCAAAAUAUAGAGACAAUGUGAUAGUCAUUGCGAAGGCGCUGGAAAUCCUGGAUGGUAGAGAAAUCAAGGAAAUGGCCAGGCAGUUCUUAUUAAACUGGAAAGCCUCAAAAGAUGCCAGGAAGAAAAGCAGAGAAGAGAAUAUGGCUGGCCGAUUGGUAUUUCAGCAGUUGUAUGGUUUUGAACAUCCUCAGUCCAUUCUGCCCAUCCAGUAUCAGAACCAGAACCAGAGAUAUAUACAAAAAGACAAACCAAAGUACUACCUUAUGGCUCCCAUGCAAAGUGAUCAGAAAUCAAGUCACCUAAAAAAAACAUGUGGCAAAGAAAACUAUUAAUAUUAGUGAAGAUAUACGACAAUUAGCUGCAAAGGAUCCUACGAGCUCACUGCCUGGACAAGAUGUUCUCGAGCCACACCUACGAGGCCAAGUAGUGCUCUAAGCACAGAAAGAAGUGUGCAGUACAUUCCCAUGCAAUGCUUCAUUAAUCAUCCCUACCUCGAUGCUCAGUAAUACAGCCAGCUAGCUAAGUCACUGAAAUCUCUGCAAACACUCUAAUGAGUAGGUCUACAGUCUGCAUUCACUUCUUAGGGCUAGGGCUCCACAUCGUCAUGGAUUCAUUGCGAUUUGCGGCAAAAUUGCAGCUUUUCUUUCCUGUUGGGAGACAUUGACGUUUUAAAGCAAAUCUGUGCGAUCCUCUCCUGAAGUAUAACUUUUGGUUUGUAAAAACCAUAUCCCAAAGCAAUUAAAAGACACGUAGGCAAUGGUCUGAAAAAGAUUUACUUGAAGUUAAUAAUUGUGGGUUUUAUUGUAGUGAUGCAGUGAUCACAGCUGCCUAAAAUGCCAUUACGACGUUUUGCAGCAUCUCACACUGGAAUGUGCAAGUCAGAAAUACCAUGUGAACAAGGUAUAGUACUUUGGUGCAGUUUUCUAUGCAUUUAAAGAACAUCCGUCACCCUGAUAAACCCUAUUAUGCUGCCUGGUAGAGUUGGUUAU